AUGGCUUAUAGAGGAGGCGGUAGCUUUGAUCCUCCAAAACCUUUUGUGAUUUUCCCUGAAAUUGCUUUACCUGAUCCGAAAUCUAUCUCUAAAGACUCGCAAUUAGUUUCGAGUUACUUCAAUUUUCAAAAGUUUUGGAGAAACUNUCCUUAUCAUUUAGAGAAUGAGAGUUUAGAUAUUGAGAGGUUUUCAGACGCGUUGAAACCGAAGAAGAAGUCGAAUAAGAGUGGAUCUUGCUAUGAUUAUCUUCUUCUUAGAUCUGAUAACUUCCCUAAAGAACUUCUUGGAGAUGCGCAAAGAGAUCGGCCUGUGAAGAGAGCAAAAUGGAGUAUGGAUGCAGAUUUGAAGAAAUUGGAUGUGUUUGAGAAGCUUGAAGCUAAGUCAGAGGCUGAAGGCAAGGAAGAUAACGAAGAAGAAGAAGACGAAGUUGAGGAAUCAGAUGAUAACGGAGAUUAUGAUCAGCUUGUGAAGUUUUACUUAUAA